AUGUCAGUUUGGUAGUUAGUGCAAUUUGAGUAAACAUAAAAAGAAGUAUCUGAAAGCAUUCUCAAGGAUGUUGAGGUCACUGAUUAAGAAGCUAAGGAUUUUGUUUGGGAUGUAUUUAAAUCUUAAUGGAAAAUGGUUGUGCUCACAUAGAUAGUAGGAUUAGCUUCAACAUCAAUGACUGUAAUUAAACCUUUUUUGGUCUAAAAUUUUAUAAAGAAAGCUUUGUAAGGCAACAUCGAGCCUUUAAAAUAUGAAGCACUUUAAUACAUGCUUGUUAUAAUAUUGCUUAGGAUAUUUUAGCCUUUAAAGCAAUAUAUUUAUCUCUAAUACAGGAUUAAGAUGAAAGUUAAAAUUAAAGAGGAAUUAUACUACCACAUUCUUUCAAAAGACAUCACAUUCUUUGAAGUUAUAAAAGUUUCAGAACUUAAGAAAAUAUUUGAAAAAGGAGUAGACUCUGUGGUUGAGCUCGCAAGUGCUUCAAAACUUUAUGAUUGUUUGUCUAGAUUUAUUGAAUACUUAGGAAAUUGCAUUUUUGUCUUAAAACUAAGCUGGCAUUUGGCUUUAAUAAUGAUUGGUUUUUCAGCAAUUUAAUAUAUUUGGAAUAAAAUUUCAGAAAAAAAGAAGAAAGAAAUAAUUCAAAGAUGGAAUGACUCCAAAAAUAGUUCCACAGGGAAUUUUGAAGAAGUUGUUUAACAUGCUCAUUUAGUGAAAUCAUUCGCUAAAGAAAGAUAAGAGAUUAAAUCCUUUAUAUAAAACUUUUCCAAGCUUGAGAAACAAAGUAAUUGGGAUGACUUUUUGUUCGAAUUACUGUAAUCCAUCAAUUACUUUUUACUUUAAUUCUAAAUUCCAGUGAUAUUAUAUAUAGGAGCUGUUUUUUUUAUUUAUGAAGGAAACCUUUAAAAGAUUGGUAUCCUCUAAACUCUAGUUAACUAGAGCUUUUCAUUUACUUAUAUUGUUGAUACUUUUAGAGAUUUAUAUAUAUUGAUGCUCUCAAGCAGUGAAGAAAAAGUUCUAAUGACGAAAUAAGUCUAUAAGCUUUACAAGCUUAAAGCUCAUUAAGGAUUGUGUGAAGAUUUUGAAGUAAAAAAACCAGAGGAACCUAAAGAAUAAACUUAAAUUACAGAUGAUACAAUAAAGUCUGCAAAAAAUUUUUUAACAGUUUAGGAGGACUUACCAGAUGUUGACUUCUUUAAGCUUAACAGGUAAAUAAGUAGUGUGCAUAAUGAAGAUUUGAAAGGAAAUAUUGUGUUUGAUAAUGUUUCUUUUAAGUAUGCAAAAGAAAAAGAAAAAUACGCACUUAAAAAUAUUAGUUUUGAAGCCAAAGAAGGAUAGAGUAUUGCGAUCGUUGGAAAUACAGGUAGCGGAAAAUCUACGAUUGUUAAAAUGAUUGAGAGAUUUUUGGAUCCAGAUUAAGGAUAAGUUCUUAUCAAUGGAUUGAAUUUAAUGAGUAUCCCAUUAAAAUAGUUAAGGAUAUAAGUUGGCUAUGUAUAAUAAGAACCUAUUCUAUUUAAUAGAACAAUUGAAGAGAAUAUAACUUAUGGUGUAGAAAAAUACACAGAUUAGGACAUAGAAGAAAUAUGCGAAAAAGCAGGUGUAGCAGAUUUCAUAUUUGAUCCUGAGAGAUUUCCAGAAGUACUUAAAACUAAAAUAGGUGUCAAAGGCACUUAACUUAGUGGAGGAGAAAAGUAAAGAAUUGCCAUAGCAAGAGCAUUACUUAAAAAGCCAAAAAUAUUAAUAUUUGAUGAAGCCACAAGCGCAUUAGACUCUGAAUGUGAAUUUUAAGUUUAAUAAUGCAUAGAUAACCUUAUAGAAAAGAGAGAAAUGACCAUAUUUAUAGUUGCACAUAGAUUGAGCACGAUUGCUACAUGUGAUAAAAUAUUAGUAAUGAAAAAAGGUGAAUUAGUAUAACAGGGCACUCAUGAAGAACUUCUAGAAGACGAAGAGGGAGCUUACAAAAAGCUGAUUCAUAGAUAACUUAUUUUAGAUAAAGAAUUGACAAAAUAAUAGAAAAUUCAAUACCUUAGAGGCAACUCAGGAGAUAUUGUAACUGAAGAAUAGCCUUAGCCUUAGAAGCAGAAAGAGUUAAAAGAAGAACAUGAUCUAACUGUAGCAAGAUCUGUAAGAUAGUCUAUGAUUGAGAUGGUCAAGAAUAAAUUUUAUAAUUCUAAAUUUUUGGACUUGUAGACCAUGCAAAAUGAAAUUAUUGAGUGCAUGGAAUUGGCAGCCUUUAAAGCAACUAAUGCAGAAACUUAAAAUAAACUUUUACAAAAAUAUUUUAAAAAUAAAGAACCUUUAGAAUAAGCAAACGAAAGGAAAAAAGAAAGACGCUUUUCAUAUCAACUAACUCCUACUCUAGCUAAUGAUGAUUAAGAAGGGGUUUAUAGAAGAAGAGAAAGACAUUUAACAGAAUCAUUAAAAACUAUCAUACCUAGUUUAUUCAAAUCUGUAAGCUCUGUUCCUCGAUAUGAAACAUAAAAGCCAGAUAUUAAAUUAAAUAUAAUUAAUGAAGCUGGAGAAGUAAAAAAAGAAUUGUGA